GCCUGCCCCUGGUUUUUUUCGGGCUGCCUUUUUGGCUUUUUUGCGUUGCUUGGGGCGCGACGCAGACACGCACCGUCGGCCCUUUCGGAGCCCCCCUUCAAAGCCGUCUCUCUCCUUUAAUCUUUUUCUCCCCUUGUCCCCCAUCACGGAAUUUUCUUUUCUUUCUUUCGACCUUCUUACUCUCCUUCAUUCAACUCUUUCUUCGUCGUUGUGAUCGGACUGAAUUGGACUCCAUCUUCUUGCCAAUUCUUUUUGAAGCAGCUUUUGUUCUUCAUUCUCUCCUUUUUUUGCCUCGGUGUCGUCAUCUUGCGUCGUCGCGUCGCGUCUCGUCCUCCGAUCAACCCGAAAACCCAUAAUCCGUUCACCAUCUCGAUUUCUGUUGGUCUGAUUAGCCCAUCAUGUCGUUCCUCGAACAUUUCCCCAUUCCCACGGUCGAUCGCCCAUUCGGCAUCCACCUGUGGCCCAUCUUCAGCAAGGGCUGGGAGCUCGUUGUUGGCUAUCCUGCUGAGGAGUUCAAGUUUGUGCCUUUCGAGACACCGAUGUCUACCCUCAAGUCGACAUCCAUCUUCAUCGUCAUCUACUACACCAUCAUUCUCGGUGGUCGCGAGCUCAUGCGCAACCGUGAGCCCUUCCAGCUUAAGACCCUCUUCUUGAUCCACAACUUCUACCUCACGGCCAUCUCCCUCAUCCUCCUGGUUCUCUUCAUUGAGCAGCUCGUGCCUACUGUCGUUCGCGGUGGUGUCUUCCACGCUAUUUGCGACCACAGCGGUGGUUGGACUCAGCCCCUCGUUGUUCUCUACUACCUGAACUACCUGACCAAGUACCUUGAGCUCCUCGACACCUGCUUCCUUUUCCUCAAGAAGAAGCCCCUCACCUUCCUCCACACCUACCACCAUGGUGCUACCGCCCUUCUCUGCUACACUCAGCUCAUUGGUUCUACCGCCGUCUCUUGGGUCCCCAUUACCCUUAACUUGACUGUGCACGUUGUCAUGUACUGGUACUACUUCCAGAGCGCCCGUGGUAUCCGCAUUUGGUGGAAGGAGUGGGUUACCCGUCUCCAGAUCAUCCAGUUCAUCAUCGAUCUUGGCUUCGUCUACUUCGCCUCUUACACUUACUUCACCUCGACCUACUUCCAAUGGAUGCCCAACGCCGGCACUUGCGCUGGUGAGGAAUUCGCCGCUUUCUCUGGCAUGGCUAUCCUCAGCUCCUACUUGGUUCUCUUCAUCUCUUUCUACUUUGCCACUUACAAGAAGGGCAGCAAGUCUACUACUCGCAAGUCUCUUCGCCGCAUGAGCCAGGCCCCCAUUCCUGACUUCAUUGGCGCCUCUCCCGCUGGCAAGACCAACGGCACCACCAACGGCGCCACCACCACCGGUGCCAAGACCAACGGUGCUACCACUCGCUCUCGCAAGGCCUAAAUGCAUCAAAUACAAGCUAAUGCGAGCUUGGUUCCGUACCACGUCUCGUCAUAGCAGUGUUUAAUGCGGCUGAAGCAACGAAGGAAGAAAACCAAACAGGACGAUACACGGAGUCAAAGAGAACGGGUUGGUAUUUCUGGGACACCAAUUUUGGAUUGCGGAGUUUUUGUUUGAUGAACCAAGGCAUCGGCAACCACAGGAGCUACCUUCCCACAACCCCCCGGUUUUUAACAUCUCGAAUUUUGUUCUUUUACACCUUUUAAUAUUCGCUUCUUCGGGUUGGAAGGUGGCAGCAUGGGAUAUAUGUAUAAUCUUGUUAUUUGACAGACAGGGGGGGGUAGAGGGCUGGCUUGUCGUACUUUGUGAAUUGUGUUACUACUUUACUAGGGAUAGGAGAGGCUAGACAGCAUCGUACCAUUUGGGGUGCGAUGGAAAAGGAACCGGACAGGAAUUCAAAAUGACAUGCUCUUUUUUUUUAUAAAUAAUAAUCAUGCUCUAUGGUUGCUGUAGUUGUUUCAAUACACGACUUGUUGAUAGU